CUGUAGGUAGCACUUUCAAAGCAAAGUCUAAGUUUGAUUAACAUAACUUUACAUCUGCUUUUGAUAUACAUUCGAAGUAAGUAUAUAUUAGAGAUACAGAAGGCGGUGUGAUUGCUGCAGUCGAUCAGGAGUCGAUCGAUCGAUAAUUAUAGGAGUUUUUGUCAAAGCUUAUUUUACUGAUAUCACUGAGUCUUUAAAAUCUGUUUCUGAGGGCGAGACGUUUACCUUUUUUUGCAUAUAAAAAGAGUGAAAAUGAAAAACAAUGUAGGCUAGGCUACCUUAUGCAUUCUGAACUGUAAAUUGAUGAAUUGUUUAUCACAGUAGAAUCCAUCAAAAAUGUCGGACUUGUGGGAAGACUUGCAAAGUGUUGCGAAUGCUGCUCCUGCUGCAUUCACAGCAGCGCCAGGAGAGAGAGGCACCAUUAAAGCCAAAGCUAACUUCAAUGUCAGUGAAGAUGUUGCAGCUCUCCGUAAAGCAAUGGAAGGCAUAGGUACAACUGAGAAGACAUUGAUAGACAUACUGACUCACAGGAGCAGCAGUCAGAAGCAGGCUAUUUCAAAGGCAUAUGAAGAAACCACAAAUAGGAUUCUUGUAAAUGACUUGAAAGGCGACACUCAGGGCAACUUUGAAAAUCUGCUUGUUGCGCUCGCAAGACCGCCUGCAGUCAAUGAUGCUAAAUGGCUAAUUAAAGCAAUGAAAGGGACUGGGACAGACAACAGCAUCCUGAUAGAAAUACUUGCCUCACGGACAAAUAAACAGAUCAAGGAACUGUCUGCCGCAUACGCUGAGGAAACAAAGAAAACGCUGAUACAGAAGCUAAAGACAGAGGUUUCAGGGGAUUUUGGCAAAGCCAUCCUACUGCUUGCCGAGGGUGCGAGGGAUGAAAGCACCAAUGUGAAUGCAGACAAGGCUAGAGAGGAUGCAAAGUGGUCCAGCAUCCCUCACCUGAGACAAACAAUACUGGAAUAUAAAAACAUCAGUGGCAAGACUUUGCAGAAGAGCAUUGAGAAGGAAAUGUCUGGAAACUUGGAGGAACUGCUGGUUGACAUUGUAAAAUGUGUGAUGAGUACUCCUGCAUACUUUGCUGAAAAAGUCUACAAAAGCAUGAAGGGAGCAGGUACAGAUGAAACCACUCUGACCAGAGUAAUGGUCAGCCGUGGAGAGAUUGACAUGCUGGACAUCAGAGCUGAAUUCAAGAAGCUCUAUCAGAAUUCACUCUUCAAGGAAAUAAGUUCUGAUGUGUCUGGCAACUACGGUGAUUGCUUGAAUGUGAUUUGUGGAGGAGAAGACUAACCCAGAAAUGCUACUAAAGAUGUCUUGUUUAGUUAUUUUGCAGUGGGUCAAUCCGAUGUCUGCUAAAUUAAUAAAUGUAAAUUUAAUAGAUUUUUUAAAGCUAAAUUACUCAUAAGGCUUUAAUGGCAAGUAAAAAAGCUAAUAGACAACAUGAUUUAGAAAAUUGCAAUGUUGCAGUUCUGAUAAAUCAGUAUCAGCUAUGAAUAUUCCUGCAUUUCAAUGAGUUUAUUCAAAUGAAAAAUAUAUUUCAGCAUAUUACCUUUUUGUCAUUUUGUCCUUCAGAUAUUAUGUGGAUCAGCAAAGUGUUUUUACAUGUUGUCUGGGCAAAAUAUAGUAAAAUACCACUUAUUGAUUUCUUAAUAAUUGGCCUAAAUGUCAAUCUGUUCUUUCCAUGUCUGUUUCUGCCUCUGUCAUUUAAUUGAAUUUACCUGCCGCACUUUAAUGAUCUCAGUAUUGAUGGCAGUUUGCCAGACGUAAAUGUCAUUAAGAAAAACGUCUGUGAGACUCCAAGAGCCUUUUUGCUUUAAUUUUCACCUUCUAAAAAGCCUUUACUCUGUCCAUAUGGUUCCUGCUUGAGCUGUUUAUUCUGACCUUUACCCCUUUCAUUGCACAUUUUAGAUUAAAUUGUAGCCAGAU